GUUUAUAUUUAUAUAUUUAGCCUGAUCUACGGUUACCGUAAUAAGCAUAUUCACCAAACAGAAACGGCGGAUAUGUUUGUGUUCUAUGUUUGAUUUUCCACAUAAAGCGAAUAAAUAUCGUAGUCGUUCGUGCCUUGCCAUAUAUUUAUUUGUGAAAGCUCUGCAGUGCUACUCAUAUUGACAUUAUGACCUUUUUUUUCAUCUGAUACACAAAUAUUGACCGCAUGAGCUUUUUUCAUUGCGAAACGUAUAGCAUUUUUGAAAUAAACUUAGAGACGAUAGGUUUAACGAUAUUCUUGAAAAGCUUGGAGAAUAAAAUUAACUUAAUUUCUAUUUGAAGGCGAUGUAAUCUAGAAAGUUCUAUUUAUGGUUUGUCAUGUUAAAACUAUUUACAACUUGGCUCAGGUAAAGAAAUAUUUCACAAAUAGGACUAGCCGUGAGGGAAAUGACAAAUUGCAGACCAUUCGAUAGGCUACUUGGACUUCAAAUACUUCCGAGCGUGUUAAAAGUAGAAUGGUGUUUGACGGGCUGAACGUUGGUUCGUGUUCCAACUGAUGUGGUGUUUUGACUGUAUUGCAGUGAAUACUGUAAAGUGCAAACACUUGUCUAAACGGAAAAUUCAGUGAAUCAGGCUGUUUAUUUUAUUCAAUUUCAUAAUGUGUGAAUUAAAUGUAAUUUUUUAAGACUUCUGGUGUGUAUUUUCAAAAACAGGCAUUUUUCAAUAUUACUUGUGUGUGUGAAUUUUGCAAUUUAAAGUCAAUUGCAUACAAAAGUGUUGCUAUUUGUUACUUUGAGCCUAUAAUAUCUAGUUUUGUCACGCUAUAUUAUUCUAUAUCAUUGUUUUUAAUGCAACUAAUCGUAACGUAUAGGUACAAAAUGCUGAUGAACAAAACUACCACUUUGAAUACCGGGGCGAAAAUGCCUACCCUUGGUCUGGGAACUUGGAAAUCGAAACCUGGCGAAGUCAGGGCAGCAGUCGAAGCUGCAAUUGAUGUUGGAUAUAGACAUAUUGAUUGUGCAUUUGCUUACUUGAAUGAAAAUGAGGUCGGCGAUGCAAUACAAGCAAAAAUUAAAGAAGGAAAAGUAAAGCGAGAAGACUUGUUCAUCACUACAAAAUUAUGGAUGACAUACUUCAAGCACGCCGAGGAAUGUAUUGAAAAAAGCUUGAAAUCAUUGAAAUUGAAUUAUGUGGAUUUAUACUUGAUACACUGGCCAGUAGGGCUGCAGUACAGUCCAGCAUCUCUAAUCAAGCUGGAUGAAGACGGAAAAUGGUUAUUCGAUGAAAAUGUACAUUACAAUGAUGUCUGGAAAAGUAUGGAGAAUAUACAAAAAAUGGGACUGACAAAAGCUAUUGGAAUAAGCAAUUUUAACAAGUAUCAAAUUGCAAAGUUACUAGAUAACUGUUCAAUUGUGCCUGCCGUUCAUCAGUAUGAGUGCCAUCCAUACUUUGACCAAGACGACCUCCUACAUUUCUGUCAGUCGAAAGGAAUCGUUGUUACUGCUUACAGCCCCUUUGGAUGUCCGGAUAGACCAUGGGCUAAGACCGAUGACCCCAAUCUUUUUGGAGAACCCGAGUUAAAGAAGAUCGCAACAAAACAUGGGAAAACGGUCGCUCAAGUUCUUCUCCGAUAUCAGCUUCAGAAGGGAAUGGUUGUCAUUCCAAAAAGUGUUACUCCUUCUCGCAUUCAAAGUAAUAUACAAGUGUUUGAUUUCGAUCUGACUGAAGAAGAUAAUGCCAUUAUAAAGAAACAAAAUCGGGGCUGGCGUAUUGUUUCGCUAGCCGAAUGCGUUUUGCAUAAAUACCACCCAUUCAGAGAUAACUACUCGGAAUAAAAAAAAAAUACGAAAAUAAAUUUAGCUAUAUCCUAAGAACUUUCUAGUGUUUUCAUUUGUAAUGCUUAUUGUUUGUGAUUUGAAAGAAUUAAUUACGAACUGUGUAUGCUCUCCUGUGACAUAGGUAUGAUCAUAUUAAUUUUAAUUCGUCAACACUUCCAAACUGUACAGCCUUUUCUAUAGCAUAUAAUUCUGUAUUCACAAGGUAAUGAUUUUUGAGAUUCUUUCCCAGACGCGAAUUGUUUGCUUUACAAUUUCAAAAAAUGAAUUAGAAAUUAUUUUUAUUUUUUGGUUAAUUAUCAAAGUUAUCACUAUACAAAUGUUAAUUGUUGCAAGAACUUGCUUGAUUCAGCUGCUCUCCAUUAUAUCUCCGGAUUGAGACUAAUCAAGUCCAGUCUAAAUCGCGAUAUAAGUGGAUUUCAGGUCCCCUGAAGAUUUCCAUUCACUAAAC